AUGGGGGACCAGUACUACGUCGAUGAGUAUGAUGAGGAACCAGACAUGGACGAGCUCAAGGACUACAUGUCGCCGGAUGAAGGAGAUGGAGAUCUUGCAGGCUUCGAAAGGCCGGAACUGAAUGUCGACCUCUCUACGGCUGUCGUCGUUUCCAACCUUCCCCAGGUGGUGGAAGCAAAGCACGAGAAACUUGGCGGCGUGGUUAGGAAGGUGUUCAGCAAAAUGGGCACUAUCGCGGACGAUGGGCUGACACACCCGUUUGACAAAACGACAGGGCUAACGAAGGGCUUCGCCUUUGUCAACUUCCUCAACCCGCAAGAUGCGAAGCAGGCUGCAGCCACGUUGAAUGGGUGGCAACUGGAUAAGAGCCACCUCAUCAAGGUAUACCCUUUCGAGCAGCUGGCACGUCUCAGGAGCUUGCCAGAGGAAUACGAAUCCCCCGAGCCAAAGCCAUUCAAACCGAGGGUGGACCCAUCUAGCUGGCUGGCGGACGAGCAGCACAGGGACCAAUUCGUGCUGAGAUAUAGCGAGCCCCACCCGAGCGGGAAGCUGGUACACGAGGCGGAGGUCAUGUGGUCCGAGAAGCUGCAGACGCCCUCGCUGUGCUACGGUGGGGAGAGGGAAAAAGAGGCCGGCAAGGCAUGGUGCGAGCUUUUCCUCAUGUGGUCUCCGCAAGGCACAUACCUCACCACAUUCCACGUCCCCGGAAUCGCACUGUGGGGUGGCGAGCGGUUCGAGAAACAAGGGCGUUUCCCCCACAAGGACGUGAAGGUGGUUGAAUUUUCGCCUUGUGAGACAUACGUCAUGACGUGCAACUUCGAGCAAGGAGAUAAGGCCAUCAUCGUGUGGGAGGUUCUCACCGGCCAGAUGCUCCGCGCGUUCCCGAUGGCAACGACUACGGCAGCAGAUGGGGCUGCGUCUCUGUUCCGGUGGAGUGCCGAUGGCAAGUACUUGGCGCGCAAGGGCAAGGACCUAAUUUCCAUCUACGAGCUCCCAUCCAUGCGCCUCCUCGACAAGAAGUCGUUGAAGGCAGAGGGUGUUUCGGACUUCGAAUGGAGUCCUAAGGACAACGUGUUGGCGUACUGGGCACCGGAGCAGGCCAACGCCCCGGCGCGAGUUUCGGUGGUCGAAAUACCUUCGCGGAAAGAGCUUCGCCAGAAGAAUUUGGUGAUGGUCAGCGAGUGCCGCCUGCACUGGCAGGAUGAAGGAGACUACUUGUGCGUGAAAGUGCUUCGCCACUCGAAGUCGAAGAAGACGAUGUACAACAACUUCGAGAUCUUCCGUGUGCGGGAGCCGCUCGUCCCGGUGGAAACCAUGGAGAAGAAGCAACAGGUGGCGGCGUUCGCUUGGGAGCCGGCUGGUGAUCGGUUUGCACUGGUUCUGGGAGAUGUGCCCAAGCUGGAGGUCACCUUCUACACAAUGAAGGGGGGCGCGGGCAAGAACGAACUCCAAGAGCUCGAAACCCUUCAAGACAGGCCCUUCAACCACAUCUACUGGUCGCCGAUGGGAAAUAUCUGCCUUCUGGCGGCAAUGGGGGACGACGUGGGGCCUCACAACGGUCGGCUGGAGUUCUACGACGUGGAGAACCAAUCAACUCUGAAGCAGACCGAGCACUUCAGGUGUAACUACAUAGAGUGGGAUCCUUCAGGCAGAUACGCAUGCACCGCUGUAUCACAGCCUGUGACGGGUAGCCACUGGAAAGCUCAAAUGGACAACGGCUACCAGCUCUUCUCCUUCCAGGGAGAGAGGUUCCACGAGUUCAAGAAAGACAACUUCUACCAGAUCCAGUGGCGCCCUCGGCCAGCCUCCCUGCUUACCUCAGCCGAGAAGAAGAAGGUCGUCAAGAAUCUGCGGAAGUACGAGAAGCGCUUCGAAAAGGACGACAGGGAGAAGGACCGCCGGAAGGCCCGGGAGGCCAUGUCAGACAAGAUCCAGAUGAAGCUCGAGUUCCGGCAACAGGUAGCGGAGAUGAAUCUCCGGCUAGAGGGCCGCAGACAGGAGCUCGUGGACCUUCGAAACGGAUACGACUCGGACGAUGAGUCACACUACGUCGUGGACAGUCGGACGGGGGAAGUAGUAUUGAGCGUGAAGGAAGUCAUCCAGUAAGUGACGGAGGCUCAAGAGCGGGUGGCCUCGUUUGUGUGGACAAACUCAUUCGUCCCAAAGAGAAGCUGGACGGACGUCGUACAGAAUGAUGCGUUCGACAAGUCGUGUUAACUACAGUAACUACAAAGUCCUUUUCAGUACGUGCUUGGCAGGUCGGCGAACUUGAAGUGGAGGUGUAUGCAUAUACGUUAGAUAUGUCAUGUCUCCCAGUGGUCCGACUAAAUUGUUUUUCCCGCCGUGACGGAAAUCACCUGUUUUCGUUGGAUCUUGCAGUUGUUACUCUGGUAACGAGGUACAUGGUGUAGCUCUUGGUUCCAGGACGUGUGUGAGGUUGAUGUCGAAGUUGCACUUUAAGUUUCGGCGAUAUAGUUGCGCACGAAUGUCUUACAACGGGCGCCUCGACUCUUGGAAGUUGCUGAGCGACUCGAAAAAUUGGAGUAUCAUUGG